UCUCCCCAGCAGUCUGUGGAGCAGAUCUGACGGACUCUGCCUGGAUCAGCUGUGGAAAGUGAACGGGGAUAGCGACAUGUCAUUGAGAGCGGGAUAAUCGCCGAAACGCCGAUAUUUGAACGGGUUCUUCCACCGAGCCUCGCAAGACUACAAAGAGAGGCUCGGUUCCCAGCAGAAUAAAUUUGGAGACAUCGAUUAAGUUGGCGUUUAUGAGAGACAUAUCGAUCAGACACCGCUGAGGCGACCCUGUCACUGGAUGGACGACAGAGAGCUCGAAGACAGCCGUUCGUCCGCGUUUCUCUCACCAAUCCUCGUACUUUCUGACUGAUAACAACACAGACCGCGCGAAUCUCAGUUUUAGACUCCGUUUUAUUCCGAAGAUAUGGAAAAAGACGAGGAAAACCCUUCAGAAUGAAAACAUGAAGUCGUCAUUAAUGCGGAUUUAAAUGUCUCGCGCUGAGGGUAACGCCAACGGACGCGCGGUCUCUCCUCACGCUCUCCAAGCCGCUGCAUUUCUCGCUCAGAAAUAUUAAUCACACUGAGCGGACGUGGAUAGAAAAACAGAGAAGUAAGGAGAGGGAUAUUUGAAGCAAUAUGGCUGAUGGCUGGGGUUGGGGGCGCAGGCAGGAGCUCUCCAAAGCUUCAUCUCGAUGCUAGUUGUGGCAGAAGGCAACGGAUCCUAUGGCAGCAGCUCUAGAAUGAGUAAUAAUAUCAAUCUGAAUAAAAACCCGGACUCUUCUAUCUCUAUAUCGAAGAUGGACCUGAUCAUCCCUUUCUCGCCAGACGUACCCUGUGAUAACAAUGGUCAGCGCAUGUGGUGGGCUUUCCUCGCCUCGUCCAUGGUGACGUUCUUCGGGGGUCUCUUCAUCAUCCUCCUGUGGAGGACCCUUAAGUACCUGUGGACGGUCUGCUGCCAUUGCAACAUAAAACACAAGGAGGCACAGAAGGUGAAUAACCCUAUGAACAGUCAGGCUGAUGGCCCACCGAAGAACCCGAAUGAUAAAGAUGACGCCCCAGCCAGCGAGGUGGGCUGGAUGACCUCAGUCAAAGACUGGGCGGGGGUCAUGAUCUCAGCACAGACCCUUACCGGCAGAGUUCUGGUGGUGUUGGUCUUUGCACUCAGCAUCGGAGCUCUGGGAAUAUACUUCAUAGAUUCUUCGGAUCCUAUAGAAUCCUGUCAGAAUUUCUACAAAGACUUCACGUUACAAAUUGACAUGGCAUUCAACGUGUUCUUCUUACUCUACUUUGGUCUGCGUUUCAUAGCAGCCAAUGAUAAGCUGUGGUUCUGGUUGGAGGUGAACUCAGUGGUGGACUUCUUCACAGUGCCGCCCGUGUUUGUGUCAGUUUAUCUGAACAGGAGCUGGCUGGGUCUGAGGUUUCUAAGAGCCUUGAGAUUGAUACAGUUUUCAGAAAUUUUACAGUUUUUGAAUAUCUUAAAAACAAGUAAUUCCAUCAAGCUGGUGAACCUGUGUUCCAUCUUCAUAAGCACAUGGCUCACUGCUGCAGGAUUCAUUCAUCUGGUGGAAAACUCAGGGGAUCCAUGGGAAAACUUCCAAAACUCUCAACCGCUCUCAUAUUGGGAAUGUGUGUACUUAUUAAUGGUCACUAUGUCCACGGUGGGAUAUGGAGACGUCUAUGCAAGAACCACUCUUGGACGCCUUUUCAUGGUCUUCUUCAUUCUCGGUGGUCUGGCCAUGUUUGCUCGCUACGUGCCAGAAAUUGCUGCUCUCAUCCUUAAUCGGAAGAAAUACGGAGGGAGUUAUAACUCGACACGAGGCAGAAAGCACAUUGUGGUCUGUGGUCAUAUCACGCUCGAAAGUGUUUCCAACUUCCUUAAAGACUUCCUACACAAGGACAGGGAUGAUGUCAAUGUAGAAAUUGUUUUUCUUCAUAAUAUUUCCCCUAAUCUUGAGCUGGAAGCCUUGUUCAAACGUCACUUCACUCAGGUGGAAUUCUAUCAAGGAUCGGUCCUCAACCCGCAUGAUCUAGCAAGAGUAAAGAUCGAGUCAGCGGACGCCUGCUUGAUUCUUGCGAACAAAUACUGUGCAGACCCCGAUGCUGAAGAUGCUUCUAAUAUCAUGAGAGUAAUAUCUAUCAAGAACUACCAUCCAAAGAUCAGAAUAAUCACUCAAAUGUUGCAGUACCACAACAAGGCCCAUCUGCUAAACAUUCCCAGCUGGAACUGGAAGGAGGGUGAUGAUGCGAUCUGCCUGGCCGAGCUGAAGGCAGGCUUCAUAGCCCAGAGCUGCCUGGCACAGGGCCUGUCCACAAUGCUCGCCAACCUCUUCUCCAUGAGGUCAUAUAUCAAGAUUGAGGAGGACACAUGGCAGAAGUAUUAUCUGGAGGGAGUGGCCAAUGAAAUGUACACGGAGUACCUGUCCAGUGCCUUUGUGGGGCUUUCAUUUCCUACUGUUUGUGAGCUGUGCUAUGUGAAGCUCAAGUUGUUGUUGAUCGCUGUUGAGUACAAGUCAGAGCAGAGGGAAAGCAGAAGCAGAAAGCGUAUUCUGAUCAACCCGGGAAAUCACGUUAAGAUGCAGGAGGGAACACUGGGGUUCUUUAUCGCCAGUGAUGCCAAAGAGGUGAAAAGAGCAUUUUUCUACUGCAAAGCAUGUCAUGAUGACAUCACAGAUCCCAAAAGGAUUAAAAAGUGUGGCUGCAAGAGAAUGACAUAUUCCAAGAUGUCCGUCUACAAGCGAAUGAAACUGGCAUGUUGUUUUGAUUGCGGGCGCUCUGAGCGCGACUGCUCGUGCAUGUCAGGCAGUGUACAUAGUAACAUGGACAGUCUUCAGAGGGCCUUCCCACUUUCUUCUGUCUCUGUUCAUGAUUGCUCAACCAGUUUACGUGCCUUCGAAGAUGAGCAUCCGUCAACACUGUCGCCCAAAAAGAAGCAACGCAAUGGAGGCAUGCGAAAUUCACCCAACUGCUCACCCAAAAUGAUGAGACACGACCCUCUACUCAUUCCGGGAAAUGAGCAGAUUGAGAACAUGGAUGCUAAUGUGAAAAGAUACGACUCUACUGGAAUGUUUCACUGGUGUCCGUCCAAAGAUAUUGAGAAGGUCAUUCUGACACGCAGCGAGGCCUCCAUGACGGUUUUAAGUGGACAUGUAGUAGUCUGUAUAUUUGGAGAUGUCACGUCAGCUUUAGUGGGGCUUCGAAACUUGGUGAUGCCUUUGAGAGCAAGCAACUUCCAUUACCACGAGCUAAAGCCCAUCGUGUUUGUGGGCUCGUUAGAUUAUCUGAGAAGAGAGUGGGAAACCCUUCACAACUUCCCUAAAGUCUCCAUCUUACCUGGUACGCCAUUAAGUCGAGCUGAUUUAAGGGCCGUCAACAUCAACCUCUGUGACAUGUGCGUUAUCCUGUCAGCCAAUCAGAACAAUAUCGACGAUGCUUCACUGCAGGACAAGGAAUGCAUCUUGGCGACUCUUAACAUCAAAUCUAUGCAGUUUGAUGACAGCAUUGGGGUCUUGCAGGCUAAUUCCCAAGGUUUCACACCUCCAGGGAUGGAUAGGUCAUCCCCAGAUAACAGUCCAGUGCACGGCUUAGUGCGGCAGGCAUCCAUCACCACGGGAUCAAACAUCCCGAUCAUAACUGAACUCGCUAAGCCUGGCAAACUACUGCCUUUGGUUUCAUUCAGUCAGGAAAAAAACAGUGGAACCAACAUACAAAUGAUAACAGAACUGGUGAAUGACUCCAACGUUCAGUUUUUGGACCAAGACGACGAUGACGACCCAGAUACGGAGCUGUAUCUGACCCAGCCGUUUGCCUGUGGUACCGCGUUCGCCAUCAGCGUGUUGGACUCCCUGAUGAGUGCGACAUACUUCAAUGAUAAUAUCCUCACCCUGAUCCGGACGCUGGUCACGGGAGGAGCCACUCCGGAGCUGGAGGGCCUGCUAGCCGAGGAGAACGCGCUGAGAGGUGGCUACAGCACGCCGCAGACGCUGGCUAACAGGGACAGGUGUCGGGUCGCCCAGCUGGCCCUCUACGAUGGGCCAUUCGCAGACUUGGGGGAUGGUGGUUGCUACGGAGACUUAUUUUGUAAAGCAUUAAAAACGUACAACAUGCUGUGCUUUGGAAUCUAUAGAUUGCGAGAUGCACAUUUAAGUUCAUCAAGCCAGUGCACAAAAAGAUAUGUCAUCACAAACCCGCCUUACGAGUUUGAGCUGGUGCCCACGGACCUGAUCUUCUGUCUGAUGCAGUUUGACCACAACGCGGGCCAGUCCCGAGCGAGCCUGUCCCACUCCUCCCAUUCCUCCCAUUCAUCCAGCAAGAAGAGCUCAUCUGUUCACUCCAUCCCCGCCACGAACCGGCAGAACCGCAGCAGCAAAGCACGUGAAGCCCGUGACAAACAGAAUGCAACAAGGAUGAAUAGAAUGGGCCCAGAAAAGAGAUGGUUUACAGAUGAAGCAGAAAACGCAUACCCAAGGAACAUUCAAAUCAAGCCCAUGAGCACUCACAUGGCCAACCAAGUCAAUCAGUACAAAUCCACUAGCAGUCUGAUUCCACCUAUCCGAGAAGUCGAAGAUGAAUGCUGAACGAAUCCCCUGCCUUUACCAUUACGGAGGGACAUGGGUCAUCCUGCUGUAAAAGAUGAGCGCUAAUCGCGAAUCCAUGACUGUGGUGAUGGCGACACAUUGCUCGACUCGAGGGUUUGAAGGGAAUGAGAACUGGAAGGGACUUCCUAUGUGUAUACCUUUAAUGUUACUUCCAUACUUUUAUAUAUGUAUACAUAGUGAUGUACAUACUGACAAUCAAGUAAGGAUUGUACAGCCCCUAGCACUUUUUGAAAUUGUUAACAGGCAAACAAACAAAAAAAGAAGAAAAAGAACUUCCUGUGAUUCAUUGCAAUACAUUUCACCUCUGCCGUGACCUGACUCCAUGCAGAGGGCGCUAUAAUGGAGGAUGAGGGUCACCGUCGUUCACUUCAUCCAAACACUACCCAAAGAUCAGCCUUGCCGAUUGAGUUGCGUAUACAUUGUCCGUUUCGUUUUGCACUACCACAUAAUAACGCAAAGCGUCAAAGCUUUCCCUCAGUUCUCCUCUGAGUUUGGGACUGACGUCACAGACUGAGGCUGUUAAGUGAAUGGUUUUGUUCAGGGAAACGAGUGCUUGCGUGACUGUAUUCAGCAUGGUAUGUGCCGAAGGCUGGCUGAAGUAACCUGAACGCGUGGCUCAGGAAAGGAUGCCCAUUUCCAUCCCUACAGACCGUUUAGGCACGUAUACAUGUGGAAAUGUUUGCUGUACCUAAUGCAAAUGGCCAUCCCCAACGUAGCUCUUUGGAACUGGCAAUACAUUGAGGAUAUGCACUACUUCUGUUGAUGUCUUUCCAUCAUCCAUGACUGCUGGUGUGAGAAACUGUCUGUGAUCGAGGCUUAUAACACAUUUGUUUGCGACUGCGGCUCUGCUGUUAAUACGAUCGAAUGGAACACUACUGUAACCUGCUGAUAAUUCAACAAAGAUUGAGCUUUAAUGCUGUGAAAAUGAAUAAAAUAUACAAUUGAAAAUGCCACAUAUUGCGAAAAGUGGGCAUCAAUGGUUCCUCCUUUGGGCGUAGCCACUGCCUGACACAGGGUUGGCACAGGGGCAGAAAAGUGCUUGGAUGUUCCCUGUGACCAACCGUGAUGCCUUAAACUCUAAGCUCAAUCAUAAUGUUCAAUUAUCAGCCAAAGAUGUAACUUGUGGAUGAUUCUUGCUGUGGUCUGAAUGGAUUUGAACGUCACUCCCUUCUAUCAAAGCUACACUAUUGAUAUACAAAUGCUUCACAGACCUUUGAACUUGGCUUCAAGUGCUCUGUCAGAUUUAUACAUAAGUACAUACUUAUUUUUUAUCCAUGAGCGUAAUCAUUUUGUACUUAUUUUUAUACAUAUCAGAGAACUUUAUUUCUAAAUGUAUCUUAAAGAUAUCUUAAUAGCUACAGUGCAGAGCGGUUCAGUUUCUUCAGUUUUACCCCUGACAACACGUAACAUCAACCGGGACACGUCAAAGAUCUGUGAACCCGAGUCAAAAAGGUACAAUUUCAGCUUGCCAUCUGGAGUGCUCUUUGAUACUCACACGGGCUGCUUUGAAGGACCUCGAGCUCUACUACUAAAACAGCAUGUGUGCUUUCAUUUUCAUAAGCUAACAGAGAUGAAAACCAGUAUUGAAUGACUGAUGAUACUUUUCUGUAAUUCCAGGUAAAGUGAUGUUGAUCCUCAGACAGACAUGAACUCAGAGAUGCACAUGAGGAGGGGCUCUGCUCUUUCUGUAAUGAGUUAGAGCAAUGUUUGACCUAAAUUAGGUCUUGGUAAAAAAAUAAAAUAAAAAUAAAAAUUUCUUGUGCAAACAUCAUUUGAUCAGAUCAGAAGUGAGCUAAUAGAUUGUAGAUUCAAGAAAAGAGACAUUAGUAUUCAUCCAUCCAUUGAGACAAAGAAUAAAUAAUCUGUUGUAUAAAUUCUGCCCGUUCUAGUCCACGUUUACAUUCUAAAGUAAAAGGAUCUCCACUUUAUUGUUCGUCUACUGGACAAUUAGGCUUUGUCCUGAAGUGAUUUUCUGAAUUGUGAUUAUAGUGGUGUUACACUUUGUAGCAAGUAGAUUUCUUAAUAAAUGAAGAAAAAAAUACAAAUGUGAGUAAACUGUAUAAUUGGAUUGUCUACAUACUUGCUAGCCUAAAAAUGAAUCCAUUGGAGUUAAAUGUCCAAUUUAUUUAUUGUUUCUUCUAUGUAAGGUCCUUUUCCUGUAAUGAACUACAUUACAAAGAAAGGCCGAUGGCGCGGUCAAGACAGCAGGUUUGAUUUGAUGAGAAGAGUGUAGAUGCACGUUGAAGAAGCAGAAAGCAAACUAGCUUUUUCUUUUUGAGGAUUAUUAACCAUCAGGUUUUUACAUUCCAUUUUGUCAUCAGCGUUUCAAUGUUACAAUCACAUAUAGUAUAGAAAUGUCAAAAUCAGUUAUUUACAGACCUUUUCUUUCUUUUUAGAAACAUACUCAGGUAGCAAUCCUGACAACAAAACUACAAAGAAAAGCUGGCUUACUUUUUUUUCCCCCUUCGUAGCCCUAAUGACAGUUUGAGGUGAUACUGAUAUUUUCUUCUCCACUGCAACAAAUGUGCAAUGUUUUAAUAUCAUGCAAUUUAUUUGUACAUCUCGUGAAGAUACUACAGUGUACACAUCACAGUUUCUACAGUGCCAUGAAAUGUAUCCAUCUACUAGCAUCAGUCAGUCAUUGGUCAGUAAUACUGGAUGAAUAUCAUGGCAUCUAAUACUGGCAUGGAGAACAUCCAAGCCAUCCUUGCCUCCAUGCCAGGAUAGUGCCAGGCAGUGCAAGAAGACCAAAGGAGGAACGCUGGAAGACCCACUAGAGCGAAAAGUGGCAUUCAAACGGGCUUCAUCUGCCUAUGCAAGCUGCUGUAAUCCUAGCACCUUGGUUAUAGAUACUUAAAAAAAAAAAUAAAAAAAAGGGCAACAGCAAUGACUGAAAGAUGCUGAGUAGAACUAUGAUGUUUAGUUGCAUCACCUGUCAAUGUAUUCAAGAGUGUUUUAAUUAAAGUAACAUAUAAAGCAACCUUACUGAUGUGCUAUGUAAUACACAACUGUCAUAUUUUGGCUAUUUUGUUCUACUGUAAAGGACAGAUUUAAGUUUUAGAAACUGUAUAAAGAAAAUAAACUGUAACAAAAUAAAUACUUGGAGGGAAUUAAGUCUUAACAUGCUGAACUUGCAUAUGGAUUACGGUUUUGUUACUGUCUUUUCUUCCACUUAAAUAAAUAAUCAAAACAUCCAUCCAUUACAUGUAAUUAUUGGCAUAUUCAUUAGAGGAAAAUGGGGUUUCUCAUAGCAGAAUGACUGAUUUGACUACUAGAUGUGAAGAAAUUGAUGGUGCUGAGCUGAUCUACCGGACUCUGUCAAUUAUAACCUGCUGAUAAAACAUACUGUCUUGUACAAAAAGUUGUACAUAAAUUGUACGUUUUUUUUUUUUUUUUUUUUGUAUUUUCUCAAAUUAAAAUGGAUGUAUUUGUGUUCUA